AUGCUUCAUAAGCAAACACGAGCAGUCGGAAGGCAACUCUCCACAACAAUCAAGAAUAUUGUCUUGUUGGAGAGUAGUGGCCAUAACAACAAGAAGAGAAUUAAAUCUCUGUGCUCUCAUUGUAUUGGAAAAUCAUGUUGUUCCUGUAGUAAUAGAAUGAUUCGCUCCUUUUCAACAAAUUUUAGAAUUUCAUCACAACAAGAGGCUUCAUCAUCAUCAGAACCACAACAACAGCAACAACAACAGCAGCAACACAUAGAUGUUAGAUCAUCCAACAGGGUUCAGGAUAUUUUAAAUAGUGGACAAUUUAGCGUUAUUGUACCUCCUAUUUCCAUCCCAGAAGGACUUGAUAUUAAAAACCUAACACCCGAACAGUUAGAUGAUAUCAGAGAAAAUCAACGUAUUAAGAAGGCUAUUUUCCACAUUCCAGCAGAGGGUGAUAGAAAAGCACUCACACCAAAGGGAGAGUUGUCUCCUGAAGAGAGAGAAUAUAUGGAAGAAAUGCAAAGAGAGCAAGAAAAGCAAAAAAGUUUGUUGAAAGAAAUGUUAGGAAAGGAAGGUGUCGACGAGAAUUUAAAGAGUUCAAUUCAAGCAAUUUUCCAAGUUGAAAAGAAAUUGAAGCAGCAAUCACAUCAACAAAGAACACUCAAAUUAUUGAGAGAUGCCAAAUUAAAAGGUAUUGAGGAUGUGAAAUCAGUUCUUUCCGCUGCACAGGCAUCCUCUCUUGAAGCAAACAAGGAGGGUUCUGCGGUAAAGUCCGAACAAAGUGCCAGAGGUGAUCUUGUUGGAAUGGAGGGAGUGAAAACCAUUUUUGAUCCGGGAUAUAACCUCGAAGACAGGUGGAGGAACAUCAGAUCUAGAUACACAGAAGAGGAGUACAAGAGAAGUGCCACAUUCAAGGAAAUUGCUAGGUACAUAGUUGCUCUGUGUGUGGCUUCAUUUGUUUGCCUUGGCUUGGCAUUCCCUGGUUUCAAGAAGUAUAUUCUUGGUAUAGAUCCAAAGAAGCAAGCCCUCAAAGAAUAA